CAAGUACAAGGACACGGAGUUCUAGGAGCCAUCGAGAUGGUACUGCGACUUCUGAUGCGGUAUCUGGCCAACAAUGAGCAGCUUAUCCAGCGCAUGGCAGACAGCUAUCCCAUGCGACGGGCUGCCCAGCUGGUCGUCUCCCUGAUGUACCGCACCAAGAGCCUGGCCAGGGAGCAGGGGCUGCACGAGAUGACGCCGGAGCGCUUCAAAUCCUUCAUCAGUAUGUUCAAGAACAAUGUAAAACAAGAACUGGAGGGUGUCAAGAAGGAGCUCAAAGACAAGAAAAACUAGGCACCCAGCGGCAUUGGGAUGUGUAAAUAUCAACGGGGGGAAAUCCAAAUUAUAGUCAGCCAUACCGUAGGAACCUUUUCCAGACAACCUCCCAAUAAAUAAGUGAAAUCAAUAGAGCAGACGAUCUAAGAUGUGAAAUCAUUCGUUUAAUGUCCAUUAACUCCUCCGUUCGUUGCGUGGUUAAGUAACUUAUAUUUAGAGUCAAAAAUC